UCCAGAGGAAAAAAAGGUCGCUUUCACACCUUGAAAGCUCCAGAGCAAGAAAACUUAAAAAAGCUCCCUUUUGCUUCACCUGUAUGGAUCGUUUAGGGUUUGAUAUAUAGGGUUUGUUGCUUCUCUCUCUGGUCGAGAUCUCUGGUGGAUCUAUGGCGGAUCGCGGGCCUUUCGGUUUCGGUCCUCGAUUAGAUAUAGAACAAUUGCUAUCGGAAGCACAGAACCGGUGGCUGAGGCCUGCCGAGAUUUGUGAAAUUCUUCGGAACUAUCAGAAGUUUCAUAUUGCGUCCGAGCCUCCUAACCGACCACCUAGUGGUUCUCUUUUUCUUUUUGAUAGGAAGGUCCUCAGGUACUUCAGGAAAGACUGUCACAGCUGGAGGAAGAAAAAGGAUGGGAAGACGGUCAAAGAAGCUCAUGAGAAGCUGAAGGUGGGAAGUGUUGACGUGCUACAUUGUUACUACGCACAUGGGGAAGAAAAUGAUAAUUUCCAGAGACGAAGUUACUGGAUGCUUGAGCCGGAGUUUAUGCAUAUUGUUUUUGUUCACUACUUGGAAGUUAAGGGUAACCGGACAAGUACUGGAGGAAUUAAAGAAAAUAGUUCAAAUUCUGUAAAUGGCAACACAUCAGUAAAUAUUGAUUCAACAGCAAGUCCAACCAACAGUUUUUCAUCAUUAUGUGAAGAUGCCGAUUCUGGGGAUAUUCAUCAAGCAAGUACUAGUUUGCAAGCUUUUCCUGAUCCUAAAAUUGCUAUUCCUCAGAUAAGGGACAUGCAGGAUGCUGGUACAUCGAAUUCUUAUUAUAUGGAUUCUUUUUCAGGAACUCGUGAGGGGUGGACCUUAGCUCCCAAUGUGGGUAUUGUCUCUCAGGUUCAGGAGAAUGAUUCCCAGAGAUCGGUUGACAUCCCAGCGUGGGGUGCUGCUGCCUUUAAGGAUUCAACAACGAGAUAUCAUAAUGCACCUUGUAAUGACCCAUUAACUCAGAUGCAGCCUUCUACGAGUGGUUUGAUGCCUGUUCCUGGGCUAGAAAAUCCUCUUAAAACCCAAGAAAAUUGGCAGGACAAUUUACCAGUGCCAAAAUGGCCUAUGGAUAUGGCUUCACAUACUGGGGUGGGCGAUAUGGAUAUGACGGCAUUUGAGCAGAGAGCACAUGAUAAUUUUGAGACAUUUUCCAGUCUUCUUGAUACUCAAAGUCAACAGUCUAUUGGGAAUGGUCUUCAAUUUCUUCUUACAAGUGUGGAAUCUGAAUAUAUACCUAAAUUAAACCAUGAUGAUCUACAAUAUGAGACAAGCACAAGCCUGAUGUUACCUAGAAAGUCAUUGUUGAGUAAGGAGGAUAGUUUGAAAAAGGUUGACAGUUUCUCUCGAUGGGCUAGUAAAGAACUUGGUGAGAUGGAGGAUCUGCAGAUGCAAUCGUCAUCUGGUGGCAUUGCAUGGACUACUGUUGAAUGUGAAACCGAAGCAGCUGGGUCCUCCUUGAGCCCUUCUCUCUCACAGGAUCAGCGCAUCACCGUAAUUGAUUUCUGGCCAAAAUGGGGGCACACUGACUCAGAAGUUGAGGUUAUGGUUAUCGGAACAUUUCUGAUGAGUAAAAAAGAAGUAACUAAAUAUAACUGGUCUUGCAUGUUUGGGGAAGUGGAGGUUCCAGCUGAUAUUCUAGUAGAUGGUGUCCUUUGUUGUCAUGCCCCGCCACACACAGCUGGUCAAGUUCCAUUUUACAUUACGUGUUCAGACAGGUUUGCUUGCAGUGAAGUUCGAGAAUUUGAUUUCCUCCCUGGCUCUACCAAAAACCUUGAUGGUGCUGAUGUUUAUGGUGCCUCUACAACUGAAGUAUCCCUUUCUAUGCGGUUUGAGAGGCUGCUAGAUCACAGAUCUCCUGUACAUGAACGUCGCAUAUUUGAAGGUGUUGGGGAGAAACGAAAACAAAUCAGUAAAAUCAUGUUGCUAAAGGAUGAAAAAGAGUCUUUCUCCCCAGGGACAACCCAAAAAGACUCAAUUGAACAUGAAGCAAAAGGAAGAGUUGUCCAGGACCGGUUUGAAGAGAAGCUCUACACAUGGCUCAUACAUAAAGUGACUGAAGAUGGUAAGGGUCCAAAUAUCCUGGAUGAAGAGGGGCAGGGUGUUCUACACUUUGCUUCUGCCCUUGGGUAUGAUUGGGCGAUAAAACCAAUUUUAGCAGCAGGAGUUAGCAUUAAUUUUCGUGAUGCAAAUGGAUGGACAGCACUUCAUUGGGCUGCAUUCAGUGGCAGGGAGCAAACUGUCGCUGUCCUUGUCUCUCUGGGUGCUGAUGCUGGGGCAUUGACUGAUCCAUCACCAGAGUUUCCUCUGAGUAAAACAGCUGCCGACUUGGCUUCUGGAAAUGGACACAAGGGAAUUUCGGGUUUUCUUGCAGAGUUUUCCCUCACCAGUCAUCUUGAAAAGUUAACAAUGAACAAAUCGAAGGAAAACAGCUCUGCUGAUUCCUCUGGAGCAAAAGUUGUUCAAACUGUUGCUGAGCGGAAAACCACUCCCUCGAGUUAUGGUGAUGUACCAGAAGCGCUUUCCUUGAAGGAUUCACUUACUGCUGUCUGUAAUGCUACGCAAGCAGCUGAUCGCAUACAUCAAGUUUUCAGGAUGCAAUCGUUCCAGCGGAAACAGAUGUCUCAAUUUGGGAAUGACGAGUCAGACAUAUCCGAUGAACUAGCUGUUUCUUUUGCGGCUGCCAAGACGGGUGGGAAGUCAGGACACCAUGAAGGUGCUGUCCAUGCUGCUGCUGUUCAUAUCCAGAAAAAGUAUCGUGGUUGGAAGAAGAGGAAGGAAUUUCUCUUUAUUCGACAAAGAAUUGUCAAGAUCCAGGCUCAUGUGAGAGGGCAUCAGGUUCGGAAACAAUACCGAACAAUCAUCUGGUCUGUUGGGAUUCUUGAGAAAAUUAUUUUGAGAUGGAGGCGAAAGGGCAGUGGCCUAAGGGGCUUUAGACGCGAUGCAACACGGCAGGGAGAAGACGAAAGCGAUGUUCUAAAGGAGGGAAGGAAACAAACGGAAGAAAGGUUAGAAAAAGCUCUAACGAGAGUGAAGUCGAUGGUUCAAUACCCGGAAGCACGGGCUCAGUACCGUAGACUGUUGACUGUUGUCGAGGGCUUUCGAGAAACCGAGGCCUCCAGCUCGGGUGCUAAAAACAUCGACCAUGCAGAGGAACAAGAAGAAGAAGCAGGCAAUGCUUAUGACGAAGAUCUUCUCGAUAUGGACUCUCUUUUGGAUGAUGACACUUUCAUGUCAAUUGCCUUUGGAUGAAUCAUUACAUGCUUCCUAACACGUUUUUUUUUUUUUUAAUGUUUUCUGUAAAUACGACCCGCCGCGGUGUAUAGUUGAAAUGUGUCGGUUGGUUUAUUAGGGGAUGUUAUUAACAUUUGGUAAAUUAGCAUAUGACUUUGUUUUGUGCAGCAAAAAGCUUUUGGAGCGGAGGGAAUGCUCUCUUGCAUGAAUCUGAUACUUGGUAAAUUAGCA